GCAGUGUGAGGGAGCGGUUGCGCAAACUCAGGACUUCUUCCUUGAUCAGCUGACCGUGAGUGAGAUGCCCAGUUGAAGGACCUGUGAAUGUUAAACCGUAUAUUUUCCGCUUCAUAUAUGGAAAGCUGUGUCUGUUUCAUUGAGUUAAAUCCCGAGACCAUCGCGUUGAGACCGUCAGGCUCAUCGUGACUUCUCUACACUGGUAGCUGGGUGAACAAACUUCCUGAAAGCAGCCAUGACAGAAUUCUGGUUGAUCUCCGCUCCGGGGGAGAAGACCUGCCAGCAGACAUGGGACAAGCUCAUGGUGGCCACUACACGGACCAAUAACCUGUCCACCAACCACAAAUUCAACAUCCCAGACCUUAAGGUUGGGACUCUUGAUGUGUUAGUGGGCCUGUCGGAUGAGCUUGCAAAGCUAGACACUUUUGUGGAAAGUGUGGUGAAGAAAGUUGCUCAGUACAUGGCUGAUGUUCUGGAGGACAGCAGAGACAAAGUCCAGGAGAACCUACUAGCUAACGGAGUCGACCUGGUCACCUAUAUCACCAGAUUUCAGUGGGACAUGGCUAAAUAUCCAAUCAAACAAUCCCUGAAAAACAUCUCUGAGAUCGUCUCCAAGCAAGUGACUCAGAUAGACAACGACCUGAAGGCCAGAGCUUCAGCUUACAACAAUCUGAAGGGAAACCUGCAGAAUCUGGAGAGGAAGAAUGCAGGGAGUUUGUUGACCAGGAGUCUGGCUGACAUAGUGAAGAAAGAUGACUUUGUGCUGGACUCAGAGUACCUGGUUACCAUGCUGGUGGUCGUCCCCAAGACGAACUACCUGGACUGGCAGAAGACGUAUGAGACGCUGGCAGAAAUGGUCGUACCUCGUUCCACUAAGCAGCUGUUUGAGGACAACGACAGCGGUCUUUUCAGUGUGACGCUCUUCAGGAAGGCUGUAGAUGACUUCAGACACAAAGCCAGAGAAAACAAGUUUACAGUGCGUGACUUCCAGUACAACGAGGAGGAGAUGAAGGCAGACAAAGAGGAGAUGACCCGCCUGUCCACAGACAAGAAGAAACAGUUUGGUCCUUUGGUGCGAUGGCUGAAGGUGAAUUUCAGUGAGGCCUUCAUCGCGUGGAUUCACAUAAAAGCGCUGCGUGUGUUUGUUGAGUCAGUAUUGAGAUACGGGUUGCCAGUUAACUUCCAGGCCAUGCUGCUUCAGCCCAACAAGAAGAACAUGAAGAAACUUAGAGAGGUGCUGAAUGACCUGUACAAACACCUGGACAGCAGUGCUGCCGUCAUUGACGCUUCCAUGGACAUCCCAGGUCUGAAUCUGAGCCAACAGGAGUACUACCCGUACGUUUACUACAAGAUCGACUGCAAUCUUCUGGAUUUCAAAGUCUGAAAACCUGGCUAUUACCUUAAUAUGCUGUAAUGUUUUGAUGUCACAUGCUUACUUUACAAGCUUUAAUUUAUUUUGUUCUUUCACCCGAUUUUUCCCUCUUGUUUCCCUCUUUUGGUUUCCAUUAAAAUAUUUUCUUGUACAUUUCUAAGUCAACACAUCAAGUAUGACUUUCUUGUAAGAAUACAAAAGUGCUCAACUCUACAGAUUUUUGUUGUUUGUUGUUUGCUCCUCGUUGUAUAUCCAUAGUCUCUCCGGUGACUCUCAGGAGCACUGGUGACAUUCCCUAUUUACCGUAAAAAAAUGCAUUUUUAGUGGAGAAGUAAACAUGUGGGAGAUCUGAGAGUACGGCUAAACACCGUGAUAAUUUAUGCCUCAGUAUAAACAACCGUGUUUUCUUUGUUGCUUUUUUCAAAUGUGUUGUGUUUAUUUAUCAAAAAUAGGUACCUGUUUAUAUGUACGAUUAAAACACUGCAUUCCUUCUCUUGAUGUAAUCUGUGAUACCCUAAAUUGAUCAGUUUACAAAAGGGCAUUGUUUACUUCAUGAUUUCCUUGAAGAAUAUCAACACUGGUAUGUGUGCUAAUGCUGUGUUGUUAGUGUGAAGGCAAAUAAACCACAUGUUCAAAACUUAAUGUGAAAAUAAAUUCAAUAUGUAAUAUA